GGGUUGCACUGAAAUUGGCAAAAAACAAAAUGGAGGCGUAUAAUAUUUUUGUUUGGCAUAGAAUAUAAAAAAUCCGUGUUCGUGUGUGCAAGGAACGCCGUAAACAAACGCCGUAAAAGCGGGCAAACAGAAAUAACGCGAACGGAAUAAGGCAAAGCGAUCGGGAACCGCUGGAAGGAACCCGUAUCUCGGCGUAUCAUUGGAAGGCAAAAAAAGAACCGGAGGAGUUCCAUAUUCGCGAAUUUUUUUAUUUGGUGGGGCGCUUCCAAGGCAGUAGGCUUCCCCCUUCCCGGGAACUACAGCUAAUUGGAUUGGACUGGAAAGAAGAAGAGCGCGGGGUAGUGGGAUAGGAGGCGGACGUAAAGAGGACGCCGCGAUGGCCACCACCCAGCAAUAUUCGCUGCGGUGGAACAACUACCUGCGCCACCUCACCUUCUCCCUGGACAACCACCGGCUGAACGAUGACUUCGUGGACGUCAGCCUUUGUGUGGAUGGCAGAAGGAUCAAGGCCCACAAAGUGGUACUCUCCUCCUGCUCAUCGUACUUCAAGGAGAUCUUCAAAGAGAACCCCCAUCCGCAUCCAGUCAUUAUUUUUAAGUUCAUCAAGUUCGAAGAUCUCAACUCGAUUAUCGAGUUUAUGUACCAGGGUGAAGUCAAUGUGCAGCAGGAGGCUCUCCAGUCGUUCCUGCAGACCGCCGAGUUGCUGGCCGUCCAAGGACUCACCGCGGAGGAGAAGGAGAAGCCGCAGCUACCAGUGGCACCGCUGAUUAGCGAACACAAGCUGAUCAAGACCAUACCAAGCACCAUACGCGCGGUCAACGAGCAGCACCAGCAACAGCAGCAGCAGCAGGUGGCUAGUGUGGCCCAGGCGCAGUCUGCUACGCAAACCAUCGAUAUACCCACGGCCACGUUGCUGCAGGCAACCACCGCCAAUCAAGUGCAAUCACAGGUAGUUGCAGCUGCAGCAGCAGCCGCACAGCAGCAGCUCCAAGUCCAGCAGCAGCAACAGCAGCAUCACCAUGUACAAACCACCCAGAUCCAGCACAUUCAAGUGCAAUCUGCACCGCCCCCGCAACAACAGCCGCAGCAGCAGCAACAACAACAGCAGCAGUCCCAGCAGCAACAAACGACGCCGGUGCAGGCGCAACACUUGACCAUAACCAAUGCGGUUGCCCUGCCGGCGAGUAAAAAGCGAAAGAUCACCUUCUCGGACGAUGAUGACAACAUCUACACCACCGAAACCGUUGACUAUGCCGUCAAGGAUGAACAGACCAUAGUGAAAACUUCCGAUAUGACUUUCCUGCGCGGCGCCGUCAAGAUGGAUAUACCCGAUUACAUUGUAGGUGAGGUGGAUGAUCGCCUGUCGGAUGGUGCCACGCCGCAAACGUCUCAGGAUGCAACCACUGCAGCGAACCAGAAUGUGGCUCAAUACUCCUCCGAGUACGAAAUACUCACAGAGUCCGAAAUGGAGGAGAAAUACCAGGCGGAUGCGGACAACGCCGAAAUUGCCAUUGAGAUGACCCGAUUGCUGGGGAAUGCCAGCGGGGCGGCAGGUGCGAAUUCCGGCCAAGUAAUGGAUGAUGCGGGUGGCGGCGGUGCGACGAGUGGUCCCUCGACUACGGUGUCUGUGACGCCGGUCAAAUCGGACAACAAGGCCAGUGGGACAAACGAUUCGCCCAAUAAUAAGUGGACAGAAUGUCAGUUUUGCAAAAUGGUUAUAACCACGGUUAAUCUUUGGAGACAUAUUCGCACCCAACAUACACCACAACCGCCCCGCAAAUGCGAUCUGUGCAAUAAGAAUUUCAAGAACAAAUACAGUCUGCGUGAGCACAUACGCAUCUCCCAUGAACAGAAGGUGGCCAUCAAGACGGAGAACUGAUGCGUGUUCAUUAGCCUGGGCCGCCUGCGUGCUGCCGGAUCGAGAUUGGGAUUUAUCGAUAAGGGAGAGAGAUAUAGUUAAUUACGUCCAGCUUAGCGAGAAGCCAACCAACCAACCAACCAGCCAGUCAACCAACCAACAAACCUUCAUUUCCCCAUCAAAGCUCCCAAUAAGAAAAACAAAAAAAAAAAAAACUAGCCAAAAUUGUCAACUCAAAUGCAAAGCAGAAAUAAGUAUGAACUUAGCGUAUGUUUGGGCACUCAAAUAGCCCUCGAUGUUUAGCUCCCCAUAUAUAUAUAGUUCGAUUAUAUAAAUCUACGGAAUAGCUAUUAAGUGCAAUCAGUCAGUCGGAGAGUGGAGCUGGUAAUCCCGUCGUUGACCAAGCCAUGAUGUCAUGUGUCCUCGUAAUACGUGCAUGUACCACUUGUAUUUAGUCCAUUAUUUGCUUUAGAUAUAUUUUUUUUUAUUAUAUUCAUAGAAAUGGCAAAGUACAAGCCCUACCCCGCCUUCGCCCUUCCAAUCCAUUUAACCAAUCAUUUUGUAUAUAAAACCAUACACUUACGGUUAUCUUUAGAGUUCAGAUAGAGUGAUACUAUAUAGGCGAGGAAUUCACCUUUACUGUUCACUUUAUUCAAGCUCUCUUUUAGUUUUGUAUAUAGAGCUAGGCGGCUUAACAAAGUACUUUUAUGACCCCAUUAGAAACCCAAUCUAAAGAUUUCUGUGGCAGCGCCAGAAGAAAGUCUUUUUAACCAAUUGAAUUCCCCGGAAAGUUCUUUGUACUUUGCUCACAAAAAAAAAAAAAAACACAAAAGAAAAAAGAAAAGCAAAAAGAAAGAAGGAAAACCCCUUGUGUACAAAUUUAAAACAGGAUACGAAAACCCAAUUACCCAGCGCGCUUUUUUGACCAUCUGUGUUCAGCAUUAGAGAGCGUUGGCAAAUUAUUGUAAAUUAGCUAAAUUAGUUAUAGUUUAGUUUAAGAUACCUCACCACCCCCUCCCCCCUGUUUACACACACACACACACACAUACAAAAAAUGCAAUCGACAUAGUUUAGUUUUUUUUGGUAUAAAACUUAGUUGGAUUAGCCCACACGAGCCAAGUGAAAAACGGAAGUCAUAGUGUCUACGCUAGGAUUAGUUGAAAGUAUUUUACAAAAAAAAAAAACAAAAAAUAAAGAUAAAGAAAAUGAAAGGAAA